UGUUUAUACAUGGCACUUGAGAGACUUGACUAAGGUUAUUUUGAUUCUUACUCGGUUAAAGUGAGAAAUUUGGGGUGUCAAAAAUGAAGAUAAAGUUAGCGAAAAACAAGAUAAAAAUUAAUGAAACGGCAUUACGGAAGCUGUUGCAAGAAGAAAACCAGUUUUUAUUAAACUUAUGGCAAAAGCUUCCCAUACCUUACUCUGCUCGUGAACAAGACGGUGAGGAGGACAUGAUGUACUUGCUUCCUGAUUCAGGCAGCAAGACUGGAGACAUGCAAAGGAAAGUUAAAAUUUUCAAGCCUGGUGAGGGAGAGAAGCACGCGAAACGAGCUAAGAGCCUGGAAGAGCUGUAUGCAAAGCGGAACACACUCAAAGGGAGCGUUAAACUGAAGUUCAAAGACAGACUCCUGAAGAAGGGGUUGAAGCACAAGAUCACCAAGCAGAAGAGGAAGCAGGCAUACAAGAUGAAGAAGAACCUGCUGCGACCGGAGAGGCCGGCGAUGACGGCGUCAGCGGAGCCGGAGAGGAAGGCGAUGCCCGUGAAGCCGGUAUUCAACAGCGAGGGCAAGAUGGUGUUCAGCAGGUUCGACUUCACGGGCUCGGAGAAGCGGUCCAAGGAGACCCAGAACCCCCAGCUGCUGCUGGACAAGAUGCAGAAGCAGCGGGAGAAGCUGCAGAGGCUGGAGGGCGUGGGGAGGACGGAGCUGGUGGCACAGAUCAAGGAGAAGGAGGCGUGGAAGAAGGCGCUGAGGAGAGCGCAAGGCGAGAAGGUGAAGGACGAUGUGGAGCUGCUGAAGAAGUCUGUGAGGAGGAUCAAGGAGCAGAAGCAGCGCAGCAAGAAGAAGUGGGAGGAUCGGCAGACGACGGUGGACCAGGCCAAGGAGAACAAGCAGAAGAAAAGGACUGAAAAUCUCUUGAAACGUAAAACUGAAGUUAAACAGAAGAAAAUGAAGAAGGCUUCAAAGAAAGGCAGGGUUUUUAUUAAAUCUUAAGUGUCCAAAAAAUACACUUUUUCCUAUAGAGCUUUCUUUUAUCUAAGUAAACUUAAAAUAUUUUAGACUUGCUUAAAAAAUUUAAGAUAAAUGAGCUGUGGUUUUAGAUUAUUUUCACAACAAUCAACAUUUUGUAUAAUGAAAAGGUUUGCUAUAAAAUUAAUGAGAUACAAUAUGUAAGUCAAAAUAUAGACUAGUGAUGAAGUGAUUUUGGACUAAAAAAAAAAUACUUUUUGUUUCAUGAGUAUAAUUUUUGCUCUUUUCUCAUCAUCAGCCAAUUGCAUGUAAAUUGAGUCAAGUUUCAAUUGCCUGGCAUUAUUUCUAUCUGUGGAUUGUUUUUGUUGCAGUGUAUUUUAUUACUUUUCUAAUGAUGUGAAAUAGUGCUGGGCUGGAAUAUUAUAACCCACUAGAUCAGCUCUGCAGAAUAUAAAAAUGUAAAAGGGAAGAACAGUUGACAGCAGUGAGGAAUUCUUGUUUCAGAGAAACAUAAUGUUAACCAUUGUUAUUUAGUGUUAUUUAGUACAGUGUUCUCAUUAAAUAUUUAUUUUUGUAGUGAAAGUAUCAUAAUAAUACAAGUACAGUGAAAUUUUGCUAUAUGUUAAACAUUAAAAAAAAUAUUUUUUACAUGUAAA